AUGAUUAGCAGGUCAUUAACUUCACCGUCUAUAACAAGAACUCUUACACACAAUGCAUUGAAAUCCACAUCUCAUAUAGUACCCAUCUCAAUAUUAUCCACACGAACACUAAUAUCCCGGAGACUACUUUUCAACCAAAUAAACUCUCAACCAUCACAACUGUUUAUACACCUACUCCCCCGCUAUUUUUCAACAUCAACCAGAUUCACUCAGAAACAUGAUCCUUUGGAAAACAAGAAACGUACUGAAUUAGUACCAUUUGUAACUAAAGCAACUUUACUUUCCCAAGCAAAUUCAAAGUUAUCCCGAAUGUUAGUCCAUAUCAAAUGGCCUUUGUUAAGAAAUACAAAUUCUACUUCCAAAUGGGAUGUGAUGUCGGCUUUUAUUUCUUGGUUAGUUAUGGGUAAUAUAUUAUGGGUCAUUUUAGGAACUACUACUUUUGGUUUGGUUUUGAUGUAUUCAUUACAUUACUUGAAUAAUCUUGUGGGAACAUUUACUGAUAGGGCUAGUAGUAGAGAGGGUGAUGACGAGUCAGAUAAGAAACCUAAUAAUGUUUUAGGAUAUUUGAUUGGAAGUAUAAUAUCAUUUGGAUUGGGCGUCAAUUUGAAAUUUGAAAAAGGUUCAACUUUACCAGAGUUUAAAGAUGGUAAAUUAAGAUUUAAGAAUUUUACCAUUGUUUCAAAUGAAAACACCGACAAGAGUAUUCAGUUUAAGGGAAAAGUUGAAGCCAUGGAUAUAACAUUAUCUUUUAAUAAAUGGUAUGAAGGUAAUGGUUUGAUUUAUGAUUUGGAAUUGUUUGGCUUGAAUGGGAAGUUGUACAAGCUGGUUAGAUCUACUCCAGAUGAAACUACAUCUUCUAAGAAAUCAUACAGAUUGAAUGAGAAUAUUCAUUAUCAAUUUGACUUGGAUAAUGACGUUGAAGAAAUCACAACUGCGAAAAAGAAGAAUACUAAUACACCAAUAAUUGAUGAGAAUUAUAUCUUUGAUCAUGUCAAGAUAUACGAUUCGUAUUUGGAAAUUUAUGAAGACCAACAAGCUGAAACUCCAUUGAAAAUUAAUAUUUUCAGUUGUGAUUUACCUAAAUUAAGAGGCAACAAGAUUGUGUUGGAUUUUUUCAAUGCUAAUAACGCUAGUGGCGCUAUUAAUGAUUCUAUGUUUACUAUUCAUAAACGUCAAAAUUUAGACCCUGAAAGUAGUCAAGACAAAUUGAUUAGAUUUAAACUAGAUGCCAUUGAUUUAGGGGAAAUCAACAAAUUCAAUCCAGAUCUGAAGUUUAAUUGGAUUGUCAACGGUAAAGCAGAAAUUAUAGCUGAUAUAACCUUACCAGAAAUGCAACAACAACAAGAUGAUUUGAACAAAUCUAUUGGUGAAUUUAUUGGCAAGAUUUAUGAGAAUAUUUUUUACCAAAACGCUAACAACGGCAACAAUACCAAUGCUGGUAACCCAUCGGAAGAUUCUUUGUUGAAGGAUGCAAUUGCUGCAAUUUAUCAUACUUUUAAAAAACCAGAGGAAGAAAGUUCACCUAAACACGCUGAGAACUCGUAUGUUAUGGUUAAUGUGAAAAUGAAAUUGUAUGAUUUAAAAGCAUCUUUACCUCAAGUAUUACCUACUGCAAAUGAUGGAACUCCUUUUAUCUCAUUGACUGAUUUGAGAUCUUUGAUUAGUUUUAUUAAUACUGAAAACCAAAAACCAAUUACCAUAAAAUCAACUGUUAUUGAAAAGAUUACUGAUUUAUCAAAUAUUGAACAUUUAGGACAAACCAAGAUGUUUGAUUACAUCAUGGGUGAUGUUUAUGAAGAAAUGUCAUAUUUAGUUAGAGAUGAUGCUAGAAGAAUUAUAAAUGAAAAAUCUUGGAGUAAUUCCGUAGCUACACAAUUGUUGAUUCUUGGAUUAGGUGCUAUUGUAUAG